AUGGCGAUGCCUGUAUACACUAUGAAUGUAUUCAAGUUGCCAAAAAGAGUUUAUGAGGAAAUAAACAGUGCCUUAGGAAAAUUUUGGUGGAGUAAGAAAGGAGGACAAAGAUCAAUGCAUUGGUUCUCAUGGGACAGACUGAGUGUGCCUAAACAGGAAGGAGGUCUUGGAUUUAGAGACUUGGAGAAUUUCAACUUGGCCUUGUUGGGGAAACAAAUAUGGCGAAUAUUACAAGCUCCAACGAGCCUAGUAGCCAGAUUUCUAAAAGCAAGGUACUUUCCUGAUUCCAAUAUCUUUAAUGCUCGUAAUGGUAAUAAGUCAUCAUUCAUAUGGAAGUCGCUAUUAGAAGGUCGUGAUUUGUUGAAGAAGGGGAUGAGAUUUUUGAUUGGCAAUGGUCAGAUUACAAGUAUCUUGGCAGAUCCUUGGUUACCAACAAACCCACCACGACCACCAAUGUGUAGGGAGGGUAUUGUGACAGAUUUGAAAUAUGUCAGUGAACUUAUGUUUGAUGAACAACCAUAUCGAUGGAACAUGGAGUUGAUAGAAGAACUAUUUGUGGAGGAAGAUAACUUGUUGAUACAACAGCUGAAACUAGGUCCCACAGACUGCUCAUAUCUAUUAGGGUGGCACUAUACUGAUUCUGGAUUCUAUAAUGUGAAGUCAGGAUAUUGGUUAGCUUGUAAUCUUCCAACUGGAAACAACAAAGUGAGAGAAAUCCCUGGCUCCCCAACUUUAAAAAGAGCAAUCUGGAAGAUCCAGACAGCCCCGAAAAUCCAACAUUUCCUUUGA